CUCUCCCCCCCCCCCUCCGAGGCUUGGCCACCCUCGCGAUCUCACACUUGUCUGCUGGCGGGCCCCGUCCCCGCCUGGACCCCCGGCGCUCGGCCUCCUCCUCCUCCUGCCCCUCCCCAUCGCCCUCUCAUCUGCUGCCCCUUGCCCCCCGUAUCUCUCCUCCUCCACGCGCGCCCCUCCCCCCUCGUCCCGCCACCGCCUCUUGUUUUCCGCUUCUGCCCCCUCCCCCCCGCCUGCCAUGUCGGCUGCGACACACCAGGCCGGCGGUCCCGCCCUGCAGGACCCGGCCGAGCUGUUGCGCUUCGCACGAAAGUCCGUUGCCUGCCUGACGCCGCCAACAGCAGCGGCGGCGGCCGCCGCCUUCGGAUCGGCGGCUGCCACGCCCAACUUAUCGGCCGAGGGAGCCAGCACCCACAGCCUGAGUUUGACGCUCUCCGGGGUGGCUGUUCUCCGUUUGUCCAUGGGCCAAGUGCUCGCGUGUGAUGGGGAGCUCGCUGACGUCAACCUCCUCCAGGCGGUGGUGCCCCACCUUCUGGCCCUGGCGCGGGAUGUGUCUUGCGCGCUUGACCGUGCGCCGGGCAACCCGGCCGACGCUCUUACACCCCCCUCGCCCGGUGGUGGUGGUGGUGGUGGCGGUGCUGCAGUGGCCCCUCCCACCAGCGACGGUUUCCGCGGCUUUUCCGUCACAUUCGGCCCAUCACGCAUCGCGGUCUCGCCACUGGACCCAUCACAACCGGAUACCGUGGCAGUGGCGCUCUUCAGGAAGGUGUAGCCAGGCGUAUGCGUGCCUCUCUCUUUCUCGUCUGCUGGCCUUUCCCCAGUCUGCGCCCUUCUUCCUCUCCUCCCUCUUUUCUCUUCAAGUUCAUAAUAAAGAUAAGUUUUUC